AUGAUUACCAAAAAACUUAAAAGGAGAGAAAAAAACAAAUCAACGCUUUCUCAACCAGCAACAGCUGAUCCUAAGAAAAAUGCUAAGCAAGAAGAACAAUCUGAAAGCACCACAGAGUCGUAUGAGAAAGGCCAGCUACCAUCUUACUUAGGUAGUAGGCAGCCAAUGCCUAAUGCUAAUAGCGAUGCGGGCUUAUCAAAGCGUCCAGUAUUCCAAAACCCUCCUUUUACAGCCCCUCCAAGCAUGACUCAGUCAUCAUUCGAAAACUUUCAGCACAAUGCUUCUCCUUCACCAGAACGCAAGCUUCCAAAUAACCCAAUAAAUGCUUCUGAAUUUAAGCGUGUCAGUGCAUUUCCAAGCAAUGAUAUCCCAAAAGUGCAGCUUCCUCCGAAUUCCGACUCAAGAAUCCCCAUAAUUGACCAAUCAGCAAUUCUUCCUGAUCCGCCUGAGAUGAAAAUUCCUAUAAUUCCCCCAAACAAUAUUUCUAGGCUUCAGUCUGCACCUCCUUCUACAAAGAACAAUCCUACCUUUCAGCCUCCCAAGAGUAAUCCCCAACAAAUUACUCCAAAAUCUGAGCUGAUUGCUAAUCCUAAAAUAGCAAUUCCUACCAACCCACCACCUUUCAACUUACCCCAAAAUCCUCAAAACUUACCCAAUCUUCCACCUGGAGGUCCUACCACGGCUCCUCCUUCAUUUAUCAAGCCUCCUAACCUUGAAAAUCCUAUUUCCAGAAGGCCUCCAAACAAAGAAAGUUCAUCUCCCGAAAAUCUUAGCCCAACAAAAACGUCUGGAAUAGAUGCAAAAACUCCUGGAGACCCUUCACAAGUACCUCCACCUGUCUUUGGCCCUAAAGAAAGUGAAUUUUUGAACGGUUUUUCAGAGUUCUUGGAUCUUGUUAUACCAUAUGUGAAUUUUGUAUCCCUUGACCCAACGGCUCCUAGCACCCUUUCCCAAAAUCUCGAUGCUGCAAUUGAAUCAUCUUCUGGAAAGCUAAAGAAUUCUCUACAAUCUUUGAAAAAGCAAGUGCUAUGUGUGGAGUGCAAGUUAAAGCCUUACCAAAUGGCUUUUGGGUGCUGCCAUCAAUUUUGCUUUGACUGCGCUCAAAAAGUGAUAAGUUCUCAGUCGGAUGCCAAAAGAUUCAUUGUUGAUCGAGAAAUUAAUAUUUAUAGGCCAAAGUGCUCUAAAUGCAAAUACCAAUUAAAUAAGAUUGACGUUGUCGCUGCAAACUAUGAUGUCAUAAAUGAAACUUUAACCAAAUUUGCAAGUGAAGGAAGCGCUAUUUUAUGCAAGGGCUGUGGAUUUUAUAAGCACCCUUAUCAGUUUUUCGAUGGGCUUAGAUGUCAUCAUCUAUGCAAAGAAUGCAUUGGAAUUGAAAUAAGGCGAGGGAUAAAGCAGUGCAGCAAGUGUGGGAGCAAGUUCGACUUUCUGCAUGAGGCUUUGCCGGACCAAGGAUACUGUGAUGGGUGCAAUAAAAUCCUUUUUACAAUUGGAAACUCCUUGACAUCCGUAUGCUCAAAAGGCCACUUACAUUGUUUAGAUUGCUUGAACCUCCGUAGCCCAGUCUGUAUCAGAUGUCGAGAGCCAAUUUCUAUAGAGAAUAAAGAAAAAAUUGACAGAGUAGUUUAUAUGGAGAAGGUCAGUUUAAACUUAACUUAUUACAGGUGUGGCUAGCUUGCCUAUUAGCAGCGCAUCACAAGGAUCCUCCUAAGGGAUUCUCUUUCUUUGCAAUAUUGCUAGGGGAACUUGUUUAAAUAAGAUGAUUCGCCGGGUAGCCAAGGAUCAAACGCCACCUUUCUUCUCCUUCAGCACUUGCUUACAUGAUCAACUGAAGUAAAGUUCUAUGUCUUCGUCUUCUCUUUGACUUACAGCUUCAAUGUUGAGUAAGGGGCUAUGGGCUCCUGAGGCUUGCUGAUUGGAUAUGAAAGAUUGCCCAUACAAAAAUCCCAAAAAAUCGAAUGUCUGGUUGACUCAGAGCAAAAAGGAAAAAUUAAAGGCCUGAGGGGUAACUCUAAGUUUCACUCGAGUAAGGUUCCCGAUUGGUCUAGACACUGCCUGUAGACGAUGCCGGACUUUCUCUUUCCAAUUCGGAACCUACCCUUUCUCUCGAGGUAAAAUCCUAUUCUCAAAACGAACUAGAGCUAGGCUAUAUAUAUUACCAGAAUUGCUUAACUAGCAUAGUUACCCUUUCUGGAAGGAAGAACCUUGCUGGAUAAAAUUAAAUAUGUGCUCGAAGCUACAUUGCCGGGAGGCAAAGCCCAAGCCGAGAUGCUAUAUUUGGGAGAAGGUUAA